CGCUUCGCAGCGCGCGGUAGGUGGGAGGACCUGGCACCUCCCCCGCCUAGCUUCUCGCCUCUGCAGUCAGACCCCUGGGGUGAAUAAAGUGUCCCCUUCUGGGUCUCCAGUCUGCAGCAGUGCCCCUGCGUUAACGUUCUCUCGUGCUGCAGCUGUUGAAGCCGCGACUACUCCCGCGCCUCGGUGCGGGCAGAGCAACCUCUGCUCUCUGCGGACCUGGCUGGAGGGUGCGGGCGGACUCUCCAGGCCGCGUCUCGGCGCGUCCUUCCUCCUAGUUCUCCCCCCGCCCUCGCAUCUCCCGGAUCCCCCGCCCUCUCCUCGUUCUGCGCCUCCUCGCUGGCUGCGGGCUGACCGCUCCACACCGCCCCAGCGCCUAGCGUCUGGACAGCCUGCCAGAGGCACACACACCUACACCCGCUCCACCCGACCGCACCCCUGCCCAGCAUGUCCGCGCUCGAGUGGUACGCCCACAAGUCCCUGGGCGACGGCAUCUUCUGGAUUCAGGAACGCUUCUAUGAGUCGGGCAACCGCGCCAAUAUCUGGCUGGUGCGCGGUUCCGAGCAAGAUGUGGUGAUCGAUACGGGCCUGGGGCUGCGCAGCCUCCCGGAGUACCUGUACUCCUCUGGGCUCUUGCAGGAUCACGGGGCCAAAGAGGACGCGGCGUGCCGGCCACUGCUGGCCGUGGCCACCCACGUGCACUUCGACCACUCCGGAGGCCUCUACCAGUUCGACCGGGUGGCCGUGCAUCAUGCCGAGGCCGAGGCGCUGGCUCGCGGGGACAACUUUGAGACCGUGACCUGGCUGUCUGACAGCGAGGUGGUGCGGGCACCCAGCCCCGGCUGGAGGGCCAGGCAGUUCCGAGUGCAGGCGGUACAGCCCACCCUCAUCCUGCAGGAUGGUGAUGUGAUAAACCUUGGUGACAGACAGCUCACUGUUAUGCACAUGCCUGGUCACUCCAGGGGCAGUAUUUGCUUACAUGACAAAGACCGGAAGAUUCUUUUCAGUGGAGACGUUGUGUAUGAUGGAUCACUGAUUGACUGGCUCCCAUACAGCAGGAUAAGUGACUAUGUUGGAACAUGUGAACGUCUGAUAGAAUUAGUGGACAGAGGUCUGGUAGAGAAGGUGCUUCCUGGGCACUUCAAUACCUUUGGUGCCGAAAGGCUUUUUCGAUUGGCUUCUAACUAUAUUUCAAAAGCUGGGAUAUGUCACAAAGUUUCCACUUUUGCCAUGCGAUCUCUUGCAAGUUUAGCCUUACGUGUAACAAAUUCUAGGACCUCACCUUAGUAUCUAUACUGAUAACCUAUUGUGAUUAGUUCUAUAAAUUAAUACAAUUCAUUUUGUGCUGUUUAAAAUGAUUAAUAGUGAGCAUUUCAAGAAGUGCUUUAUUAGAGAAAAAAGAUUGAGAAUGAGUAAGCCAAAAAAGGAGGUUCUUUGUUUAAAUUAUUUCCUUCUUCUAAAUAAGAAAUCACUUAGAGAAGCUCAUAAUUUGCCAAGCUGUCAUCUUGUAAUAUUUGUCACCUUGUAAUAUCCAGAAAUGACAUAGAAAUCUAUGCGAAAACAAGGAGGCAUUUUGCAGUAACAGAAAGAACUCUCCUUGCCUCCCAUUUGUUUUAUUUUAUUUCCUAGAUGACCUAGAGAAAGAGGCAUAAACUUUUAUGUUUAUAAUCCAAACUUGAUAUUUUUAGUAUAUUAUUUAAAGGUAAAGGUUCUUGAGUUUAAAAUACAUUAGUACUCAAUACAAACAUAUAAAUUAACAUUUAAAAUGACAGCUAAAACAGUCCAUUGUUAUGGCACAGAAUUUUUAUGCUUCAUUUAUUUAUUCUUAAUGUAAUUAUAGUGUACAUUAUAUGUUGUGUAAUUUUACUUACAAAGAGUACAAUGAAUUUUGUUUAUUGCAAAGCUUUAAAUAUAACUUGCAGAGUGCUUCAGUAAAAAGCUACUAAUAGCAUUGCUUGUUAUGUGAGUGUAACAUUUUCAAUCAUAAAAGUGAGAUUCAAAUGUCUGUAAUCUAAUUACAAAUUGUCAGAAUUCUCAAAAGGACACUGUCAGGCAAAUUUGAAAAUAUACACAUUGAAAAUAUUUUUUAUUAUAUCCUAUUUUAAUAUUAACAGCUAUUAUAAACAAAACUUUUCUUGUUAAAUAGCAGCUUCAGUAUAUGUCAUAUUUUAUAGUAUCAGAACAAUUAUAGAGAUCUACAACAUCCUGAUAGAAAUCAUUCUUUUACUUACCAUAACAUACAUAUGUACCGCAGAAGGCUUUUCAGAUUAAUUGCAAAAUAUGCAUUAGAUAUUGACUUAGAAUGAAUUGCCUUUUUUAUCCUGAUUCACAACACCUAUUCCUGUUCAGUAUUCUUUGUCUUGAAUGAAAAGAAGUCUACAUUUAUAAAGUUAUAGGAAAGGUUUGCCCAUUAUUUAGUAAAACAUUUUGGUUUGGUGCUCUUUAUAAUUUAUUAAAAAGCCUUUUGGAAAAUUUCAUAAAGGUUUUUUAAACAGUUUUUUCACUGCCUUUUUAUUAUUGACAUGUCCAAAACCAAACUGAGAUAGCUUUGGAAACCAGAUUUUUUAGUAUUAAGAAGGUUUAGCAACUUUUAUUUGCAAAAAAUUGUGAAAUGUUCCCACCCUCCACCCACCCAGGUUCUUUAAUCUUUUAUUCAUUCAACACAUGCACACCCACACAUUCCACAUGCAUACACACAGUCACAUACAUAUAUACUUGCACAGUAUUGUGCUAAACACUGUGGAAGCUUAAAAAGUCAAAGAGACUACAGCUUAGCUAGAAGUAGAAGGCAAACAAAACAUGAAUAAUAAUAUAUGCAGGUUGAAGCUAAUACAAAUUACACAAUAGUAUCAGGGACAUAAGUGGAGGGAUGUGGAGUUUGGUUAGGAAAAGAUUCCUGAAGGAGGGGUUUUUCAGUCCCAUUUGGAAAGACGAUUUGGUAGGUGGUCAGGGUAGGGGACAAAAGAUCCAAGAAUAGGGAUGGAAGCAUUGCUGUCUAAAGUAGGCUAUUCCUUGUGACAAUUUAAAUUUAAUUUUCAGGAAUCUUAGAUCUUCCAAACACCAAGAAUUUAGCAUGAGAAAGGUGGGUUUGUGAUUGUGUAUAUAAGAAUCAUCCUCAGUGACAGACAAGCUAUACUGCCACAUGCCACCAAUGGAUCUUCUCAUUCAAGGCAGUUGGUCUGUUUCAGUUGAUAGUACAACAUCAAAGAUACAGAUUUGGUUCAGGGCAACUACAAUCACUUAAUAAGCCUUAAAUAUAGCCAUUAUUUUUAUAUCAGUAGCACAAAAAAAACAAAAACAAAAACAAAACCAAAAGUCCUUAACCAUUGACCAUUUUAUCAUACUUUAGGACUUAAAAAAAAAAAUCAGGGUAUAGUAGGCACUAAGUUUUAUUGAGAAAUAUUUAAACCCGAUGAAGGCUUUCUUUAUUUCUUAAAAGUACAAUUUUUCAAAACAUGUUAAUUUUAUUUUUAAAUUUCCAUUUUUUUUUACAUUAUAUAAAAACAUAAGACUGGUAUUUUGCUUUUGUUUCAGUGUGAAUAAAUUGGGGAAAGGAUCUAUCAUUCAUUUAGUGCCCAUGCUAUGCAUUUUAAAAUAUGCAUUAUUUAGUUUAAUCCCGGCCCCAGUGCCAAGAAGUAAUUGGCCAGCCUCAUACAACAUAACUUUGAACAAAGCUGGUAAUGGAACACAGGUCUGUCUGCCUCCCAAACUGUGCUCUUUCUCUUUACCUGCACAAAUAACAUAAAAUUGGCAAAAUGUAUUUUUACUUUCCCAGAUGCCACAUGUGCCAAGAAUAAAUCAAGUGAUGUUAAGCAUAAUAAUAGCAUAUUUUAAAAGAAGCUUUAAAAAAUAUAUUUUCACCCUGACAGUGACCCGUGUUAUAAUUUAUGGUUUUUGGAACUAAGAGUAUGUAAGUAUAAUUCAAAAUUGUCAAAAUGUAAGACAUUUAGAAAUAACUUUUAUUUGUAUUGUUAAUAACUUAAUCUUGGAAAUUCAUCUUCCUUAUAUGGUGUUUCCUUUUAACUAAGAAGUCUAAACUAACAAAAACCUUGUGUGUUAUCCUGAUACAGUUGAAUGAAUGAUUAUGUGUAGUACUUAUAUGAUAGUAAUAUAAUUGUGACAUGCACAAAUUGUCUUCAUAUAAUUUUCAGAUAUGUGUAAGUAAACAUUUGUGUGAUAAAUAUUAAAGUGAACAUUUUAUUUCAA